UAUUAGCAAAAUUUAAUCGGUAUAGCCUGCCAUCCUAGGUUCCUACUAAAAUGCAUGAAAACUUUUAGUACUACACUAAUUUCCAAUACCAACAACCUUUGGUUCAAUGAUGACGUGGAAGUUGUUGGGAUCACCAUCAUCAUCAUCAUCGCUGAAUGAUUCAACCUAAUCGACGGCUAAGAUUAGUAGAAUAAGAACCCUAAUCAACAGUAUGAUGAGAUGCGUAACAUUGCAUAAGAUAAUAUCUCCUGACACCUACCGUAUAUGAAUCAUGCAUCAAUAACAGAGAAACCCCGAGAAUUUCAAAUCUGAUAACAAUACUCGCGAGAGACGGGAGUGAGGAGCACGUUGGAAGUGAAGACUACAGCUUCCACACUCAGAACUGUCAUUCAUGUGCACGCGGUGAAGUAGCGCGUGAAGGGGGGUAUAUACAAAGUGCAUGGAGCAUGAAAGGCAUGGUGGGAUGAUGAGGCUUUUAACAGGUCGGUGGGGAUAACGUGGUGGAGACAGAAGGGAGGAGGGAGGGAAAGGAGAGGCUGAUCGUUGACCGGUGACGUGAAAAAUCAACCAACACGUGCCGGUUAAACAGGUUAAAAUUCCUUUAAGUUACCAUUUCCAAUGAAUAUAAAUAUUCAGUGGAAGAAAAGCUCAUCUCUGGAUUUCGCAAAUAGAGAAAGGGCAAAGGGAGAGAGAGAGAGAAAAGGAGCAGUAGAUCUCAAGCCUUUUUAGUUGCAGAGAUCUUUUUGGGGCUAUCGAUAUAGAAAUUAGAAAGAAAGAGAGAGCAAAAAAAGAAAUAGAAAAGGGUAAAGGAACAGCUGGGUUUUUUGUAUCAUAAAUCCCACUGGUUUGUCUCUUUGCUUUUUCCCGCAUUUGAUCCCAUGCUCGUAUCGUUAAGCUUUGAUCCUACCCUUUUGUCUUCUGUCGCAACCUCAGAUCGAUCAAAACAAAACCCUUUUUCCUUUUCUUUUUCUUCAUCUCAUCGAAAAAGAUAAAACAAAGGUGGAGUUAGAUACAGAUAAAAGAGCAGCGAGAAACGAAAAAGCAGCAGUAAGAAAAAAAAAAGGAAGGAAAAAGGAGAGUGUGUGUUACUUACUUUGUUGGUUCUUCUAAGCUUAAACUCUUUACCUUUUUUCUUUGGGUGACACUGAAAAAUGGGUACUGGUUGGAGAAGAGCCUUUUGCACUACAAUCCCUAGAGAACCUGAAACCACUGUCUUAGACAAGCAGCAACAACAAAGUCCAAGUCCAAGUCCAAGUCCCAGCCCCAGAAGUUGUGCCAAGUUAAGCUUUUUUAAAGGUGGAAGUAACCCUUCUACUCCCCGUUUUCAAUCUCAACCAGUUUCUCACCCGAGUCUCCGUUGCCGCACUACUGUCGAACCACCUUCCACAAAAGAAAGCCCCACUCUCCAAUGCAAAACCACCCCUAAAUCAGCCACUAAAAGUCCGAAACCAAUUCUCUCCUCAAAUCCUUCCUCUCCUCGUUCCCCACUCAAGCUCUCACUUUUCAGAAACAGUUUCAAGUUUAGAAGUAGUUGUGGAAUCUGUUUGAACAGCGUGAAGACAGGUCAAGGAACAGCCAUUUACACAGCGGAAUGUGCACACUCCUUUCAUUUUCCAUGCAUAGCUGCUCAUGUUCGUAAACAUGAUUCCCUCGUUUGCCCCGUUUGCAAUACCACCUGGAAGGAUGUUCCUCUUCUCUCCAUUCACAAGAACCAAACCCCUCCUCAAAAUGACACCGUUUUAAUUGAAAGCACCACACCAAGAAUCGAAGAGAAAAAAAUCAUCGAAUCUUAUUCACCAAGAAUUGUCAACCAAACACAACCAAAACCAAAACCCAAACCCAAACCUAAACCAUCUGAUUUAAGGUCCUACGAUGACGAUGAACCAUUGGUUUCCCCAACCGCCGGUGGCCGCUUCAUUCCCAUUCCAGAAGCUGAUGAAAACAUUGAACAAGAAGAAGACGACGACGUCGAGGAGUUCCAAGGAUUCUUCGUCAAUCCCAACCCUUCAUCGGCCGUCAAAUCUGAUGACGUACUCCCGUUCAACGGGCGUGAUUUGAGGAAUGUCCAGGUCGGACUAUCUCCUGAAACGGCGGUCGUUUCAGUGGGCCGUGGAUACGAAACUUACGCCGUGGCUUUAAAAAUCAAGGCCCCACCGCCUCUCCCCGCUAAAGUACAAGCUUCUUCGUGGAAUAGUGGCAAUACUGCGUCACAUUUGGACCCUUCCCAUCGUGCGCCUAUCGAUUUGGUUACGGUUCUUGAUGUGAGCGGAAGCAUGACCGGUGCUAAACUCCAGAUGUUGAAGCGCGCCAUGCGUUUAGUGCUUUCCUCGCUCGGCUCGGCUGAUCGGUUAUCAAUUGUGGCCUUCUCGGCUAGUACAAAAAGGUUAUUGCCUUUGCGGAGAAUGACGGCUCAGGGUCAACGAGCUGCUCGGCGCAUUAUUGACCGGCUCGUCUGCGGUCAAGGAACCAGCGUUGGAGAGGCGUUGAGAAAAGCUACGAAAGUGCUCGAGGAUCGGAGGGAGAGAAAUCCAGUUGCUAGCAUUAUGUUAUUAUCCGACGGCCAGGAUGAACGAGUCCAAUCCAAUGCUUCUAAUCAACGGCAUCAUUCAGGCCACGUGUCGUCCACUCGUUUCGCUCACAUAGAAAUACCGGUUCACGCGUUCGGGUUCGGGCAAAGUGGCGGUUACAGUCAUGAGCCGGCUGAGGAUGCGUUCGCGAAAUGCGUUGGUGGUUUACUAAGUGUUGUGGUACAAGAUUUAAGAAUCCAGCUCAGCUUCGUAUCUGACUCAGCCCCAGCUGAAAUCACAGCUGUUUAUUCUUGUAAUGGAAGACCUUCUGUCUUAACCUCCAGCUCGGUGCGGCUUGGCGAUUUGUACGCCGAGGAAGAAAGGGAGUUACUAGUGGAAUUGAAAGUUCCGACAUCGGCGGUUGGGUCCCACCAUGUGAUGUGUGUUCGCUGUCUUUACAAGGACCCUGCUUCGCAAGAAGUUGUAUACGGGAGAGACCAAGCGCUUCUCGUACCAAGGCCUCAUGCCGUUCGAUCAUCGGCUCCCAAAAUCGAACGCUUGAGAUUCUUUUUUAUCACAACUCGAGCCAUCGCCGAAGCGAGGAGGUUGAUCGAGUGCAAUAACGACUUGACAAGCGCUCACCAUUUGUUGGCUUCGGCUCGAGCCUUGUUGAUGCAGUCGAAUUCUUUGUCGGCUGAGGAGUACGUAAGAGGGUUAGAAACUGAGCUGGCGGAAUUGCAUUGGAGGAAACAGCAGAUGAUGGAGAUCCAACGCCGGAGGGUGAACGAGAGGGAGAGAGAAAGGGAGGCGACGAUGGUGGUGAUGGAUGAGAACGGGGAGCCACUUACACCGUCAUCGGCUUGGAGAGCGGCUGAGAAGUUGGCCAAGGUAGCCAUCAUGAAGAAGUCGUUGAAUAGAGUCAGCGAUCUACACGGCUUCGAAAAUGCCAGAUUCUAGUUUUAUUUUUGAAAAAUUUUAUUUUUAUAAAAAAAUGGAGAAAAAUGAGGGAUUAAGGUUGUAAUAGAAUGGAAAAAAGCUGGUAGCAGACGGCGCGGGCCUUUCUGCUAUGGACUAUAAACUAAAAUUCAAGAAUUUGAUUGGUUGGGUUGCUUUAAAAAAGAAAAAAAACUUUUGUAUUUUGUCUCUCUUUUUCUUUUUUCCCUUGAAAUAUAAUCCCCAUUCCCAUUAUCUUAUGUGCAGGAAAAAAAAAAAGGAAAAAGUUUGUGUCUGUACUGUAGGGAUUUUUAAUGAUUCAUCAUCAUCUUACGAUGUUGUAAAUGCUAGGGUAAUUGGGUUUCUUUUUAUUUGGCAAGUGGGAUAUUAAUGCUUUAUCUUUUUUCUUUAUUUACUUAUAUAGUUUAUAAUGUUAUCCCUUUGGGGGGUUUCGGAUAAGUUGAUGGUCAAGUUAAAAAAGAAAAAAAGGGUAGGAGCAGGAGAUGGUGUAGAAAUGAUUGGGGUAGCUAGGACUUGGAAAUGAUAAUGAUCAAUGAAUCAUUUUCUUGUUAUUAUAUUCUCUAUGGUUAUUACUGAUUCUGCUUUUGAA